AGAGAGCGAGAGUGGAGAAGGCAAAAGGAUAAACAAAGCAAAACACAAAUUUGAGACAAUGACACAAUGAUAUGGAUUCCAGGCAAAUGGAAUCCGUAAUGAAAGACUCAGAAAGUGGGAUGUUGGAGAUGAAAGAAGUCCUGAUUUCCAACCUUAACAGCGGCCACAAAAAACAACAACUUGAUUCUGGCACUUCUCUCCAACUCUUUCUUGAUCGCAUCCCCAUCAGUUCCAUUCCUGGCAUCAAUAACUCCUCCGUUCUGGAAUUGAAAACUGGGGAUACUGUGGGGGAUGCGAUACAAAUGUUGUACGAGAAGGAUGUGUUUGGUGUUCCCAUUGCGGAUAUCUUAGACUUGGAUCCCGAUGAUGACCGCAGAAGAUUUUCGGAUCGGUAUAUUGGUUUCAUUGAUUUUGCAAGCAUGUUUCUCUGGUGUCUUGAGAAUCCUGACAUUGGCCAAACCAAGGUUGGAGAGCUAGCUAAAUCAUUCCUUUGGAAUCCAUUUUUCCCUGUGCACUUAGACGAAACACUCUUUCGUGUUCUCUUGCUUCUUUCAAAACAUCCGUUGCAAGUUGUGCCUGUCAUAGACCGAACCAACUCCAAUGUCACUGGUUUUGUUACACAGAAUGCAGUCAUCCAAUUGCUUCUUCAAUCAAGUGGACUCGAGUGGUUUGAUAGCAUUGCAAAUAAGCCAUUAUCAGAGUUCCGGUUUGAGAAUGAAGAGCAUGUAGUUCAUGUAUAUGGGGACCAAAGCAUAGCAGAAGCUCUACAUGUUCUGUGGGGAAGCCGAAUUGGUGUCGUUGCUGUCCUAAAUCGAGAAACUAACAGGCUCAUUGGUAGCAUAAGGAGCAGUGAUAUCUAUCUUCUUGUAGAGAAUGAAACUUUCCUUCAUGACAGAAAGAACCUAACCAUCGAGGAGUUCAUUCACGUGGAGACCGGCAAUAAGGGUUCCGAUCCGACAAUUGAAUGGGACCUCGGAGCUCUUUUCUCGGCAGGGAUCCUGCGUCUGAAAAAUAACUUUCUUCCAAGAAUGGACUCACCAGUCACCAACAAGAAAACUGACACACUCAUGCAAGUGAUGAAAAAUAUGGCAGAGACAAAAAGCACCUUCAGCUUUCUAGUCAAUGAUUUUCAACAAGCCAAAGGUGUUUUCACCCCAAGAGAUGUAAUAGUUCAGUUUGCCCCACCGUGUAUCGACUCGACUAUACAUGGAGUUGGAUUUUUUGAAUCUGCUCUGGAUCAAACUAGGUGUCAUGUCAAAGAUGGAACUCUAGUUUGCAAUCAGUGACAUUCUUUUCUGUAUUUUGUUGGCUAAUCUUGCACAUUUUAUUGUAUUUUUUUUAAUCUUAAUUGGAUUUUCUUGCAAA